ACUGGUUAAUACGUACCCCUAAACAAAACCUCCGAGUUUAGCAAAAAGAAGAAAAAAAAAAAAACAAAACCUCCGAGAGAAACUGUGAAAAACCCUGAUCAAAAGAGAGAUGGGGCACACAAGCAAAGACCUUCUGCACUUGGAGCACAAAAAUCCCUCCACCUCACCAUUAGAGUCCACUCUCCUUGUUUGCAGAAAAGACAUAGCCCCUCUACCCCAGAAAUCCAUUCCUGAUGGAAACCCCAUCACUGCCCCUGUUCCCAAAAGCCAAGUUUUGGGAAAAAUUAAAGACUUUUUAGGAGUGAUAUCAGAAGCUAAUGAGAGGCUUCAGCAUGAUGCAAAGGAAAAUUCUGAGAGCUAUGAUAUUGAAUCGCUCACUGGAAAUGAAACUGAAAUCAUUGAAAUGGAUUUGAUGCUUGGUAUUGCUGAUCUUCAUACCCCUGAGGCUGUUGCUGCAGCUGAAUCUGCAAUUGCUGGUUAUCAGCCUUUGAAUCCAUUGGCUGCUAGUAGUAGCGGAACAAUUUCAGAUGAUAGCAGUGAUAAUGAUAGUGAUGAUGACAAUGAUGAUGAUGAUGAUGAUGAUGAUGAAAAUGACAAUGAUGAUGGUAAUGACACAUGCUUGCCUUUGAAACUCGAAAGAUCAAAGUCUGGCCAAGGCAAUUCUUUGAGUGAAGAUGUCAAUCCAUCAAAAAAGCGACAGAAGAUUGUUGAGCUGUCAUGAGAACUUUUUCUGGAAGGUGGAGUUUUUGCUUAGUUGAAAUGAAGUUAUGAACUGAGUUAGGGAUUCUGUUAAUGAGAAAGACAGAAGUACUGACUACAUUGGACCAAUAGCAGGAAGAAAGUUUGGCCAGAGACAAUAGAGUAAUUGCAGUCUCAACAAGGUGUCUAUGCUUCCUUUCAACUUACCCAUUUUGUUGUGGUGUGUUUGGCCAGGUGAAUUGGUGAAUUAUGCCAUGGGAUGAGAAAAUUUUGGAAAAUUUCAUGCUUAGUAUAUUCCCCUCCACAAUCAGUCCUCUAAGGACUUCAGUUGAUGUGGAGAGUUGAUUUUCAACAGUAGCUUUAAAAUGAACAAAGACAUCAUAUAUUUCAGAUAUCUUAUGAAGUAAAAAC